AUGUCGCCCGUUCCUUUUCCCAAGGCUGCCACUGCGCCCCGCGUGCCGUCCACGGCGCUGGCGCUGCAGAACUUCGACAUGAACUACAGCCUGCGGUUCGGGGAGGCCUGGCCCUCCGUGCGGAUCAGCCUGCUCUCCGAGCAGAAGUACGGCGCCCUGGUGAACGGUUUUGCCGACGUUGACCACGUCGCCCAGGAGCUGGAGCUGGUGAACGCUGCAGAUUUCGUUUCCAAAAGCCUCCAAAAAGUGCAGCAUUUGCAGGAGGGUUCGGUUGUGGAACCAGCAGCGAGGGAGCAAAGCGCACCCCAGGAAGCGCCCAGCGAGCACCAAGCUGCAAAACUGCCACCGCUUUCAGCCCUCGUCACCCCCAAUAUCAAGUGCUACACAUUCCCCAGAGGAGAUAUCACCCGCUUCCGUUCAGCACGGCCAGAUGUUCUGGGGAUCUUCAACUAUUAUCUCCUGGAUGCAGCCUCUCUUUUGCCUGUUUUGGCGCUUAACAUUAAACCUGGUGACCUUGUCCUUGACCUCUGUGCAGCUCCAGGUGGAAAGACUCUGGCCAUCCUGCAGACAGGGCUCUGUGGACAUCUGGCAGCCAAUGACAUCUCCAUUUCUCGCACGAAAAGGCUGCAUCAGGUUCUCAAUAGCUAUGUUCCCAAGCAAGUGAAGGAAACUGUGUGUAUCACUUCAUGGGAUGGAAGGAACUGGGCAGAACUGGAAAGUGGAAGUUUCCAUAAGGUCCUUGUGGAUGUGCCCUGCACGACUGACAGGCACUCCGUCAUGGAGGAGGACAACAACAUCUUCCACAAAAGGAGAUCCAAGGAGCGUCAGAUGUUGCCAAUGCUGCAGUUGCAGCUGCUGGUGGCUGGAAUCCUUGCUACCAUGCCAGGAGGAGAAGUCGUGUAUUCCACAUGCUCCCUCUCCCAGCUGCAGAAUGAGUACGUGGUCGAGAGAGCGAUAGAAAUCGCGGAAACCGAAUACAACAUUGGUACCCAGGUUAAGGACUUGAGCUACUUCCGGACGCUCUUCCAGAAUACAUUUUCUUUCUCCUCAGACUGCAGGCUGGGGGAGCUUGUUCUUCCUCACCUUACAGCUAACUUUGGACCGAUGUAUUUCUGCAAAUUACGUCGCGCUUAGAGGGAAUGACAGACCUCUCGCCUGUGUGGGACCUCCAGUUUCCUCACUGUACCUUCCUGGGCCAUCUUGAAUGCAACUGAACUUGCUUUCCCACUGCUGACUAUAGUGAAAUACCCCAAGUUUCCAGGGGAAGCAGAACUGUUCUGUAU